AUGUUAAAUAUAUAUUGUGGGUCUUUUCCUCCACCACCAUACAAAUACAAAUCACCACCUCCUCCUCCUCCAGUGUACUCUCCACCUCCACCACCUUAUAAGUAUAAGUCUCCACCGCUACCACCUCCAGUUUACAAGUACAAAUCCCCUCCACCUCCUCCACCAGUUUAUUCUCCACCACCUCACAAGAAGCCUUACAAGUACCAGUCUCCACCACCUCCUCCACCAGUUUAUAAAUACAAGUCUCCUCCACCCCCUCCACCAGUGUAUUCUCCACCACCACCUAAGAAACCCUACAAGUACAAGUCUCCACCACCUCCUACUCCACCUUACAAGUACAAGUCUCCACCACCUCCUACUCCAGUUUACAAGUAUAAGUCUCCUCCACCACCCAAGAAACCCUACAAGUACAAGUCCCCCACCACCUCCUCCACCCGGUUUACAAGUACAAAUCUCCCCCACCAGUCCUAUUCUCCUCCACCACCCCCAUACAAAUACAAGUCUCCUCCACCACCCCCUCCAGUAUACAAAUAUAAGUCUCCACCUCCACCACCACCAGUGCACAAGUAUCCACCUCCAUCACCACCAAAGAAGCCAUAUAAGUACAAGUCUCUACCACCACCUCCUCCAGUUUACAAGUACAAGUCUCCACCACCACCCCCGGUCCACAAGCCGCCACCACCCCACUACAUAUAUGCAUCUCCUCCUCCCCCCCACCACUACUAG